GUCUUGGUGAGACUGUGAUCCGGGAGGCAGUGUAAAUAUUUUUCCUAUCGUUUUAAAAGGAAUACAGACGAACCGGUUUAUAAAGGUGUGUAUGCGUUGCAACUCCUUCAUUUACUACUCAUUCUUGGCAUCAUCAGAGUACGGGUAUCGUGGGCCCCCCUGGACCUUGCCCCCCCUGCUCUUGGCACGCGCUUGCAUCUUCAAGGUCUUUGUUUACUAGUAGCAGCCUCAGACGCUCCGUCAGCGGCUCCUAAUAGAUCUGUUGGUACUUGUGGAUGGUUCGGACCCGCGCAGAAAGAAACUGUUGCCUAACUAGUGGCGUGAUGUGGAUGUGGUGAGGACGAAGUGGUGGUGGGUGAAAGAGGUGAAGUGUUAAGGGGGUGCCGGGUGCUCCGCCCCCCUUGCCCCCCGCCACGUGUGACACACUUGUACCUGAGAGCGAUCGCGCGCGAGAGAGAAAGAGUGGCGAGCAACAGGAUCCGAGCGAUAGAUUGUAUGAGAGAGUGACUUCGAUCGCCGCCAUGAAGCCCUACCGUAGUAGGCCGACCCUCAUCAUCUCCGUGACCUCUUCCCACCUCUUCCUCCUGCCGCUCCUGCUGCUGCUCUCAGCCACAUGUCCGAUCACCAGGGGCGCCGCCCCCGACCUCGACUCGCUCGACCUUUUCGAGGAGCCCCAGGGCACGUUCUCCGCCGUGGUGGCGUCGGAGGACACCAGGCUCCUGCAGGAUGUGUUUGAGGAUCUGCCCGAGAACCCGCUACUGACGGAUGAACCCACGUCGUCGGCGGACGAUGAGGAAGAGGAGCUCGUCGUCAGGCAAAGCACCGCCACCUUGGGUCCCACGACGGAGGAGGUCUUGGACCCCGAGGUAGCGGUGGUGGAGGAGCCCAAGCCUCGCAUUGCCUAUUCGCACGCCUAUGUCAACAAGACCUACCUGUCGAAGGACAACUUCAACGCCAGGGGCAUGGAGCACCUCUAUCUCAUCACCAAUCUCUUCCUCGACCUGGUGCAUCGGGAGGAGGAAUACCCAAAACAGAUAAGACCUGUCAUCCUGGAAGAGCUGAACAAGGUGCCUCCGCUCAACCUGGACCUCUUCUUCCGGGUGCUGUCGCACCUGGAGGGCAACUGGGACGUCCUCCUGAUACACUACAUCGGGCUGGUAGCGCUGGUGUUCCUCGGCGCCCUCCUGGCGGUGGUCAUGCCCCUCGCCGGCCUCGUCUUCGCCUGCUGCAGGUGCGCCGGGAGGUGCGGGGCGCAGGAACCCCACUACGACAAAAAGCGCGACCCCUGCAAGAGGGUGACGCUGGGCACUCUUCUGGCCACGCUUGUUGUCGUCAUUUUGCUGGGUUUGGUGUGUGCUUUCGUGACCAACGCCAGGGCGGAAGAGGGCAUCCAGGAGUUCCCAAAGGACUUGAACGACGCCGUCCACGACACCAGGAUCUUCCUCAACAACACCGACAGCGAGGUGCAAAACUUGCUUGUAAGGAACUACCGUGAGCUUCAGGAUGUUCUCUUCAAUAAGCUAGACAUUGCUACAGGUAGUGGUGAACUGGUGAAGGUAGAGUUAGCGCGUGUGACCAAGGCCGUUGCCAUCGACAAUCUAACUGCCAUAGCCACUAGUUUAUCAGCUAUCAAGCAAGACCUUUGGGCCAUCAAGAAUACCACGCUACAACUUCAGGACCAAACCUCGAAUCUACAGAGUGGCUUGGGGGAUGUUGCUCGUCGACUACGCGAACUGCAAGAAUCUUGCGAAUCUCUGCCGGACUGCCAAGAGCUCAUUACCAAAUAUGCAGAUAAGCUAACCAUCAACAAUGACUUUGAUCGGUAUCUGGAGACCGAUGUUUUGCCUCAGCUUCCAAAUGUAGAGUCAAAACUAGACGAAGUUACUGCACUAAUUGAAAACGAUAUAGAAAUUGUUGUCAAGAGAGGGAAACGUGCUUUUGAUUCAAUUGCAACGGAAAUUCAGAAUAAAGUACAACGCUCUAUACCUGAAAUCAAGUCAAAAAUUGAGGAUGCAGGUGAUCAGCUGGAGGAUACAGCAGAAAAAAUCCACCGCUGGCUCCAACCAGUGGAUGUACAGCAACCCAUGGAUGAUGGUACUCCAUCCAAUAGUAAUCUUAAGCUUGUGUAUACUGUAAUAAGGUCUAUACAGGAUGGUAUUAAUGAAUAUUCCAUGUACAGGUACUGGGGCUUUAUGCAAUUAUGUGUAUUGCUCCUAGUGAUUACACUGUGCUUUACCCUGGGUGUUGUGUUCGGCUGUUGUGGUCGACGACCUGAUGAAGCUUCAUCCUGCCACAAGGCAACUGGUGCUUCCUGGCUCAUGUGUGGUGUUGGACUGACAUUCCUUUUCUCUGCGGUGAUCAUGAUUGCAACAACAGCAUUGUUUGUUGUUGGGAGUGUGAGUGACAUUCUGGUUUGUGACCCGCUGGGCGAUCCCACAAACUCAGAAGUUUUUUCAGUUGUAGAGGAACGUUUUAACCUUAAUGAUUAUUAUCCUGCUGGUCAGGCUCCACGUAUAACUGAAAUAAUAAGUAAAUGCCACACCAACCAAAGUCUGUAUUCUGUGUUAAGCCUUGUCCACAUAGACAGCAAGCUUGGUGAACUCCCUCACUACAAGAAGGAAUUUAACUUGGACAAAAAAAUUGAUCAGCUGAAGCUACAAAUCAGUGUUGAUACCGAUGUAGAAAUAUUGUCAAGGGAUGCAAAAGAACAACUAUGGGAGCUUGCAAAUUCCUCUGUAGCAGAUAAGGAUACUUGGGAUUAUUAUACAGACAUUUUGGAGAAAAAUGUUUUGACCAUUGAUCUGAUGGAGUUAGCAGCCUUACUGAAUCAAACUGCAGAUCAACUGCCUACUGGUUAUGAUAAGGUGUCAUUUAAGCUCAAGAAUGAUGCUCUGUUCUUGGAGGGAUUGCAACGAUGGGUGUCAUCCAUUGGUUCCCUAACAAGAAAUCUCAAGUCUACAACAGCACGCCUUAAUGAGCAUCUCAAAUUCAACAAAACAAGCCUAAGAGAAGCUAUUGGGGAUCUUAUUAGCCAAGCUGAGUUUGCCCAACAUUAUCUUCGAGUAAAUGGGUCUCGCGAGGUGACUGAGCUUGUUGAGCGAUUUUCACAAGACUUUUUGGCUGAUGUAGAUGAGUAUGUGUGGCACGUCAAGUCUGCUGUUACCCAUGAUGUAGGCCGAUGUGGUCCUAUGUCAUCAGCUUACAACACAACUAUAAAUGCAUUAUGCAAAGAUAUUAUGUAUCCCUUUAAUGGAUUCUGGGCGAGCGUUGGUUGGGUAUUCAUUUUCUUCUUGCCAGCGAUGAUUUUAGCAGUGUAUCUCUCAUCCCUUUACCGCAAGACAGAACCAUAUCCAGGACCUCUCAAUGAAUCUGAAUACUUGUAUGAUGCGUAUGAUGAGAGGAACAGCUUUCCUAUGUCCAACCAAGAGUCCAUGUAUGACGCAUAUGCUGAGAGGGACAACAUCCCCCUCACCACUGGUGCUUAUGACAAGAAGCAGCGUCGUCGCUCCCGUGACUUUGAGGGACACGUAAGCAGUAGCUACACAGCUGAUCAGCCAUACAUUGGUUCCCGCUCAUCUCCUCAACGCACUGAAUAUAAUAAUACUUCUGACUGGGCAGACUACCCUCCAAGCGGCGGCCCCCCGCGCUACUCCAGUCAACCCAGCCUUUCCCCGGAAUACGAGAGACCGCCGCCAUAUUAUUAUCCCGGGCCUGGACCGCAGUAUUAUGGGGGACCUCCCCCUGGAACGGGGCCUGCUGCCGGGGGGAUGCAGGUGCAUCCACCGCCUCCAAGCAACCCCCCGGCUGGGCCUCAAGGCCCCACAAACUUCCUGCACGGGCCAGCCCCUUGGAACCCCGCCCAGCGCACCAUCAAUCUUGGAGGCUGGAAGAUCUCACCAGCCUACUCUCGGGACGAAUAUGAUGCGUAGUGGACAUUUGUGCAGCCAGCUUCAGCACUCUGCUUGAUGCAUAGAAGUUACCAUCUUAAAGCUUGAGGGUGAUGAAGUACCCAAGUAAUAACAAUUGGCCAAAAGAUUGUACCAUCAACCAUCCCCAUCAUAUCCUCUUACAAAGGCACCUAACCAGAUUGGAAAGUAAAAAGCCCUUCUUCUUAUGCAGAGAAUUUUAUUACAUUUUGCCAAGUUUUGUUGGUAUGUGUGUGCCAACUGUCUCUUAUCCAAACCAGAGCUCAUUGGGUUGGGAAACAUUCCAUACUAUCAAAAAUAUUUACAGCACAGUAUGGUUUUUCAUACUGCCCUGUAGAUGUUUGAAGGUUUGUUAUAAAUAAAAGUAGCCAAAUCUCAUUGUUGAAACCGUUUCAUCGCUGGUGAUAUGGAUGUUAAUAUUCAUAGAUGUAUGUACUGUAUAAACAAGUAGUGAGUCUUGAGGAAAUCCAUAGCUAUCUGAUUAUCCAGGUGUGAAUAAACUGCCAAUUUCUGUCUCUUUGUUCAAUGUUUGUAGUAGAUUUUCCAAGCUUAUCUGUAGGUGCACUAGAAGCUGUUGAAGAAGGAGUAGCGCAGAUUAGAUGUUAGGUUCCCAAGACAAGGUAACUGAAUUUAAUAAGUAAAAAAGAUAGGAAACUGCUGGUAUUCAAUAGAAUUGUACACAAGGAAUAUUCAGAUGGUAGUUUUUGUGAAUGCUGCGUUGUUUUAAAUUUGCUUUUUUAAUCCCAUGUUCAGUGGAAAGAGAUGAUGCUCCUUAAUGUUACAGUCAGCUGAUUACUGGCAACACUAUAAUUGUGGUAUUCAAACCUUUUCAUCAUCAUAAUGUUACUUCCUCCACCACAUGAGAGGGAAUCUUUAGAUUGUUAAAACACCAUUUGAGGUCAUAUGUUUUAAUCUUAUAUAUUGUUAAUAUUCCACAUAAAAGUUAUAAUGUUAGUUUUAUCAGAUUUUAUUUUUUGUGAAUAUUGACAUAAUUCCUUUAAAAUGCUUGUCACAGAAGUGUGUGCAUUUGAAGUUAGCUUCCAAGCCUCCAAUAGUGUUAAAAAUAAAUAUUUUAGUCUUUGGUAGACAUUUUCAUAAUAGACUCCAUCACAUGUGGAUAAAAAUGUGCUUAUUCUGAAGUUUUUGAUGGAGAAUUGUGUCAAGAUCAGAGGUUUUGGGUCUUGAGUUUACCAAAAGGAAUUUAAAUAUAUAUAUGGUACCACAAUACAGUAUUCCUUUUUGGAAUACUUAUUUCUUUCCUCAAUGAUUUGGUUAAGUCUCAUUACUGAUGGUCUUUCCACAAUGGCUUUUAGUAACUGUAUCCUGAAUUACAAAAUAAGCCUAGAUAAUGUAUCAUGAUCAUAAGUGUCAAAUGCUACUGUUUACAGAAGGCACAUCCUGUAUAUUAGUUUAGUAAUAAUUGAUACUCACUGUAUGUUAGGCACACAUUGAACCCCUCCAUUUUAGUUUUGACUAGGAAAAGUAGAGAUUGUUUUUAGUUUUGCCUUGUUGUGUAGUUCAGUAAAUGCAGAAAAUUUUUCCUAUCAAGUUUGUUCAAAUUAGACCAGUUUAUCUCAUGUUGUAGAUGAAAUAUGGUGAGGUAAAUUAGAUAUACAGAAUAUAUAGUAAUCCUCAUAGAUUGCAAGUGCUCAUUGAAACAACACCUUGUAAAGAAGUUUGUAUGAGUACAGUGAUAGUGUAUAGGACUUUGGACCCCCUUUAAAGAAUCAUUAUUUAAGACAUAUCCUCUAUUAAUCUGCGGAGAUUUAAAGCUACUCAUUAGUGCAUCGUAAUAUUAUCAGUAUUUCUUGUUUUAAACCUUUUACAAUGUUAAUCAAAGUGUGUCAUUCCCAACAAUUUUUUGGCUUUACAUUAGAAUCUAAUGAAUAUGUACAGUACUCUAUAAGAAAAUGUUUCAUAAUUACAGUUCUAAGUUUCAUAUUGCUGGACAUCACAGACGAUAGUUUAACCAUAUAGUAUUUCUGUGGUUAAUGUUCCAUAUUUCUUAAAAACCUUGCUGUUGAGCAGAUGUUUGUAAUUAGUGAUGGCACUGAUAGUUGGGGUCUUUUCAUGAACAGAUGUUAACCACAUUAGCAUAAAUGUUCUUAAACAGGUUGCUAUUGUAUUUCUGUCAUCUAUUCCUCUGCUAAUUGAAAGUUAUCAGUUGAAAUUGCUUGUUGAUAUCUUCAUCAACAUUGUUACUGACCAUUGUUUUUGAGAUCUCCCCAAUGAUUAUACACAUGCCUAACUGGUUAAUGCUGCUCAGAUGCAUUGAUAUUGAUGCCAUGCAAAUGUUUAUAUAACUCGUGAAGGAUCUGUUAUGGUUUGUUACCAUAUUUAAUGGUGUAGAUUUAGGAAUAAAGAUCUGGAUAAAUGGGGAUCAGAUAUCACUGUUUGUCUUUUGUUCAUUUUUAGGAUGUUUAGUCAAUGAUAGGAAUCAAGAACAGCCUGAUGACACCUUUUGUUUACUUGUGGUAUUACACACUAGCUGCCAAGAUUCAAAUUUUUUUUAGCAACUUCAAAAUGAAGAAAAACCCUAGUUUUCUUGGAAAUUUGUGUUAUGUUACUCUGUGUCAUUUAUAUAAGAAACUUUUCCUCCAAAUUUUGGAUAUUUGUACUUUUAUUUUGUCUGAUGAAGAUCGUAUCAUUUCUUUAAUAUGCCAAGUUUUAUGAACGAGGAGGUAGUAAUACAGUUUUGGUAGUUUACGAACUUUAAAUCUCAUUUCAUGAGGGUUGUAGCUGUAUAGCAGUGAAAGCUACAGAUUACAUUACCUUUUAUUUAACCUUUGUAUUGCUUAUUUUGAAUUCCAUAUUUCAUCGGUGGUAUUUCAAUAUUUUUAAGAGUAGACACAUCAGCAAACCUAUAACAGUGAACUAUCAUAUGUAUUGACUGGAUUUUUUUUCCCGUUUCGAAUUUUGCAUAUCUCCAAAGUUCCAUUAUUUCUGUUAUAGACUGGGGAAUUCUUUUUGUGUAGUAAUUCUACAUUCCCUCAAGUUGUUCAGCAGUAAGUAGUGAGAUAGUGAUAAUACAAGUAUAGGUGUUUCACAGUUUAUGUUGUGUUAGAUAAUGUGAAGUCUUUGUCUUUGGUAAGUUAUGUAGUUUCAUGAAGCAAAUGUAUUGAUGAUAUCAGUACUAGCAAGCUUUUCUUUUUUUAUAUAAAUUCUCAACAGAUGUUGGGAACUGUUUUCAUACAAAUUUUUAUGCUGGUGUUCAAUUUUAGUUUUUCUGUUUUAAUUUUCCCAAGUUGAUUUUAUUAUUUUUAUUUGCCAUCUUUAAAUGAUGGUAUACUAUUUUGUUGGAUAAGCAUCUUUCUGUCAUAAGUGCUGUUUUUUUUAUUUUUUUGCAAUAAAAAUUGUGUGAAUGAGACUCAAGCUGUGUUUGUUAAUUAUUUUAAGUUCAUAAGUAAUUUUUGCACCAAGAUGGUAGGCUAGUACCAGACUCGUUGCUGUUCACAUAUAUGACUUAACUUCUGCUCAUAGCUACCUUGGAUGUGAACUGUGUGAUCAUUUAGCUAUUUAAAUGCCAUAUGAUAUACUAUAUUGCUCAUUAAGUUAUACUAUUUAUGUAGAUACUUAGUAAUGUGUAUGAUAAUUAUUCAGAUUAUCUUUUUUUGUUUUGAAUGAACUUAAUACAUGAGAUACAAAAGUCAAACUUGUGUUAAUGAAAGUAACUACAAAAAUCAGGUGAAAUGUUUUAAGAUAUCUGUUAGAACAAAAGAUAAACUUGUUUUCAAGUGCGUUAAACAUUGUGUAAAUAGAAGAGAUGUGUGAAUGAGCAUUGGUCUCAUUCUAGCAUAUACCUAUGUCCUGUGUGAUUUUUAUAUUACAAUAUUAUGAAGUUUUCUGUGUCAGGUCUCAAUAAUACAUGAACCUUUUUUAUAA